GUGAAGCAGUAUUUUGUUGUUCAUGAAAUUGUCAAGACUUACUGGCUUAGAAAGAAGAAAAUUAAGUGUUGUUUUUAGAUUUUUCUAAUCUGAAUAUUGCAAUUUAACAGAGAGGAUGGAAUAUUGGCUUUAGCCAACUGAACAAUUCUUUCUAGCGAACAUUCAGCGCGGGGCAAAACAGUUGCGACUUGGUACGCUGUAAAUAUCAUAUAUUUCUCUAAAACCACAUUCGAAGAAUGUAUUCGCGGACAUCGGGUCCUGGAUAUGCCUGGACUAUUUGGAUAACCGUUAUCAGUGUUCUCUGUUUUCACUUCGAGAUUUAUGGAGCAACGCAUGUUGACCAGCAAAAUAACUAUACCAUGGAACACACUGAAGAUGCAACAGAUAUGACAUUUGAGAGCACUGAUAUAAUUAUUGUUCAUAAUGAUACCAGCGAAAUGGUAUCUACUCCAUAUUUUGAGGAAUUUGAUCCGUCAGUGUUGGGUAAUAUUAACUGUGAAGAUUUCACCAUUGAUUUGUAUAGGAGAUGGACAAUGGUGUAUAAAUUGAACAAAGAUGAUAUCAAAAAGCUGUUGUGUAGAUGCAGAGGAGUAUGUGUAUUUUAUACCGUUGCACCUGACGUUCUUGAAAAGAUACGUGACAAACAGCAGAAUGUCCUCUCUGAUGUAAACAAAAGUAACUUCAUUAUUGUGAUGUCAUCAUUUUCUGCAAUUUUUCUACUGGGCGUCGCAGGCAACAUAACAACAAUCGUUGGGUUGUUGACAUGGAUGAAGCAGCGGUCUCCCACAUAUGGUUUUGUGAUCAGUUUGUGCUGUUCUGAUCUCCUCAUGCUGUUCAUAUGUAUGCCAAUUAAGGCAACAGAAUUUUUCAAAGUGAGCCACAUUUUCACUGAAAUAACCUGCAAACUUUCCUACUAUGCAAGGGAUAUAACGUUUGUAUCCACCGUUUUGACUCACACUAUCAUCAGUUUUGAACGAUUUUAUGCUAUAUGUCGUCCUAUGGAAGUCAGGUAUCGUUGUACAUGGCGCAGAGCACGCAAGCUUAUCAUACUGACAUGGGUGCUGUCAAUUUGUCUUGCGAUACCUACGCCUUUCAUGAUGAAACAUUACUAUGACGAGAAGAGACUGACUAUAGAAUGUUUGCCGCAGUCCGAGUCAUUAUCAGUGGUUAUUGCCUAUUUCAUGUACAUGUUGGGCAUUUUGUUUGUGAUACCUUGCCUUAUUAUGGUUGUGACAUAUACCAUGAGCUGUACAGUGCUCUGCAAAAGUACAAAUGUUGCUAAGAAGUUACAAGAAACGUCUGGUGGAUGCGAUAAAGGCACAAGACAGAAAGGAUCAAACUUAGUCAGCCAACGCAGAAGGGUUGUUGCACUUUUGAUUGUGGCUGUUAUACUGUUCAUAACAAGUUGGGCACCGCAUCUUGUUUUCCAGCUGUUAGAAGUAACAGACAAAAUCCAUUACAUUAUCGGUGCCAACUAUGCGAAAAAUCUCAUAGUUAUUGGUGCGGGUAUAACGUAUUUAGGAAGUGCCAUUAAUCCAUAUCUAUUUAUGGCAAUGUCGUCCCAGUUCUGUGAACAAUCAACAUGCAGAAAUUGUUGUCAUAAAAGACGUGACAUAGCAAGCUAUAGAUCUAGUGGAAGUGAAACCGACAAAGACACGAAAGAGGCAUCUUCAUCUCUUACCCGUGCGCACGAGAUACAUCAAACACAUACUUUUAAAGACUGAUGAAAGCUUUGAAUCAUAGCUGUGAUGGCAUUUAAUGCAGCCUGGAAAAUCGAGAUAUUGUAAAGAUAAUUAUGUUUGUUUGUUGACUGUUAAAUGAAGAACUCUACAAUUUUGGUUUAGCAUAUAAGUUUAGUACUAGAUAUUUUUGUAUAAGAAUAUUUUGACCUUAUAGUCAUGCUUUUAACGUCCUAAAAUAGUAAAUUUUUAAGUCGCUUAAACCAGUCUACUUAUUUGCAUAAUAAUUUGUUUUGUCUUAUUAACAUAUUAGUUACAAAAGAUUUGAUAAGAAACGAUACUAUGAUACCACGUUGAUAAAUCCAAAACAAUCUUAAGAAUGAAGAUAACAGAAUAAUAGAUACAUUUGUAUUCAAAUUGUGUAUUAGAUUAUUUUAUACCAAUCUGCAUAUGAUUUAAAUAAGUGUUUGUGUACAUUUUGUGCUCUAGAUAGUCUAUGUACGGUAAAAUUAAAAAGUUCUGUAAUAAAAGACCAAGUACCGUGAACGUAAGCAUUAUUAGACCUAAUAAGCGUAACUCUUUAUUACAUUGAAGUUUUAUGUGAUAAGAGACCCGACAAAGCAGAGCUCUUCUUUUCUUUCAGACAAACACGUUCAUUUCUAGUCACGUGACAUGCAUGUCUUCGCUAAAACAGAGCAAAUUACGCUGCUUAAAGUUUAAUGCAACAAAAGUCUUGUUCGGGUUUUUA